GUGGAAUCUCUUCCUGCGCAUGCGCGGACUAGUUUGGACUGGAUCUUUUCGAUAAACGCGAAGAACCGACACACAUACGACUCACACGUUUAUUUAGUUAUGAACAGAAAGUUUCUACAGGAUAUCUUGAAAACCAUUAUCCUCGUGUAUACAAUGUAUAUGGUGCUACAAUGGUGACGUCACACUCAGCAAGAACAUGAUAAGACCGCAACCAGAAGAAGAACUCCGGUCCUGAUUUUACUGCUGUCUCAGCUUUAAGCUGAUUUUAGUUCCAUUUUUUUUGCUUGCCAGCUUUUACAGUCGUGUGGGAAAAGAAAGCAGUUCGUGCAAUGAUUGCAGCUAGUUUUAGAGACUGUGCGGCCUGGCGGGCAGAAGGCCUCCCACUGUCCACCAGCAGUAACGAAGCCUGCAAAAUUUACGACGCUAUACUCACACAGUAUACAACAUGGCGUAAUGAUGAGACCCUUGGAGGAAUAGAAGGAUGUAUGGCAGCGGUCCAAGCAGCUGACCCGGACUUUGUGAUGGGUCAUGUGAUCAGCACUGGACUGCAGUUGGUGGGGACGGGCAGUUCAGUGCUGCAAGACCAAAAGCUGGCCAGCGCCGUGAGGAAGACUGUGGAUCUUGCAGGCUGCCAGGAGCUCACAGCCAGAGAAAAACAGCACGUCAAAGCCAUCGAGCUCUUCGCGAAAGGAGCCUUGGCUAAGGCCUGUGAUGUUUGGGAAGAUAUUCUGGUGGAGCACCCCACAGACAUGCUAGCUUUGAAGUUUUCCCAUGAUGGCUUUUUCUAUUUGGGUGAACAGACUCAGAUGAGAGACUCUGUGGCUAGGGUUCUUCCCCACUGGAAACCACACAUGCCUCUCUACAGCUAUUUAAAAGGCCUGUAUUCAUUUGGACUUCUUGAAACUCAUUUCUAUGACCAAGCUGAGAAAGUAGCAAAGGAGGGUCUUGCUUUAACUCGUGAGGAUGGCUGGUGUGUCCAUUCUGUAGCUCAUGUCCAUGAGAUGAAGGCAGAAGUAGAGAAGGGGCUGAAGUUCAUGGCAUCCACUGAGAAAGACUGGGUGGUGUGUGACAUGUUGGCGUGUCACAACUACUGGCACUGGGCACUUUAUCACAUUGAGAAGGGAGAAUAUGAAGCAGCAUUAAAAAUCUAUGAUGAGCAGGUAUCCCGUCGAUGUGUUAACUCAGGGGCCAUGCUGGACACAGUGGACGCCUGUUCAAUGCUUUACAGGCUGAAAAUGGAGGGCGUGAGUGUGAAAGAGCGUUACCGGGAGCUGUUGCAGGUGACUGAGCCCCACUCUGAGGACCAUACUCUUCUCUUUAAUGACCUGCACUUCCUCAUGGUGUCUUUGGGCUGCAAAGAAACAGGAGUCACACAGCGACUACUGGAGAGCCUGCGAGAGCUGGCAAAAAACCCUGAGGAAAACCAUCAGCACCAGCUUGCUAGCACUAUUGGGUUACCCAUGUGUCAAGCCAUGGUGGAAUAUGAUGAAGGAAACUAUAGUAAGACAGUGGAGCUGCUUAAACCUUUAAGAUACCGCUUCGCACAGAUAGGGGGCAGUGAUGCACAGAGGGAUGUUUUCAACCAGCUUCUCAUCCAUGCUGCAUUGAAGUCCCAAGACAAACACCAUCAGAGAUUUGCCAGGUGCCUGCUGGUUGAAAGAGAUGCAGUGAGAAUGAACUCCGCUCUCACUGACCGACUCAUCCAAAGAGCCCACUCUCUACACAUUUAACUGCUGAAGACAUCCACUACAAACAUAUUUUUUCUUCAAAAUCACUGCUAAAUCCCCUUAAUAUACUCGGUCAACCUGACAUAUUAUUAGACACAGCGCUGUCGAAAUUUUCCACUCUAAUUGAACAAAAGGUGUUGACUACAUUUCUAUAACAGCAGCUCUGAAAAUAGUUUUGGCUGCAAGGCAAACCACAGGUUUAUAUUAAUACACGUUUUAAUACGUUAGCGUUUCCACAGUAACAGCUAGCACAGGGAGUUUUAUGGUGGAUGUAGCACAUAAGUGGAAUAGAAGAAGCAUACAUUCAUUGAUGUGGUGAAGUUUCCUGUGAGGAAACGUUUAUUUCAUAUUUUUGAAAGAAGUGUCCAGUUUUCCAGUCUCCGGUUUCUUGGUACCGUGACAAGCUGCAUUUAUUUGUCUUAAUGUUGAGUUAAAGAAAAAAAGAGAGAGGCUGGUGUUAUACCAUGAGAAGAACUCGUUUCCCGGACAUUCCACAAUAUUCAAAGUAACUAUAUUAACAAAUAUGAAGUUUGAUGUUAUUCCUUAAUUAAAACCUUGGCAUUUUGCUAUGGUCUAAGACGAGGAAGCCUCAUUGUGGUGUUAUUGGAAAAUAACUAAAAAUGGAGUGGUGUGAUUACCACACUGAAGUUUAUUAUUUUCCAAUAACACCUGUCUCGUGUUUUACUCCUUACUUAAUCACUAUUACGGCCACACACUAAACAAAAUGAUACAGAACAGCAAUUAAAUAAAGAAUCUAAAUCUCUAUUGAACUUAUUAACUGCUCAUUCCUGGAUCCUAUUAGAAGCUUAAAUGUGUGCUUUAUUAAAGGCAGGGGCACUCAGAGGGUAAGCCCAAUAAGGCUCUAAAUAAAAGACUGAAUAUUUACAGUUAAUAAAAGCAUUGUUUAUAA